AUGCGGCUCGUGCUGCCGCUUCUUUUCUUCUGUGCAAAGGAGUUAUUCAUUGAACCAUCCACCGCAGGCGAAAUUGACGUCGAUGAUCAUCGCUAUAUUCGUCCGGUGGGUGCCGAUGUCUCGGGUUUCCCUCCUCCCAACGCUGCCCCAAAUCAUCGCAGUCCGUGUCCGGCACUUAAUUCAUUAGCAAACCACGGGUAUCUGCCUCGCAACGGCAAGUCGCUUACUCCGUAUCUAAUACGUGAAGCUGUACUUCACGUUUUCAACAUCGACAAGCUACUGGCUGAGCGAUUGACACAACAAUUGCCUCCACAACUUACGCUUGCAGACUUGAGCGUUCACGGGUUUAUUGAACAUGAUGCAUCACUGGUGCAUGAUGACAUAUAUUUCAAAAGAGACCCCGCUGAAGUUAACAUUACUCUUGCAAAUGAUCUGCUUGCGAACGCUAAGGAUGGUAAGCUGGACAAGCAUAUAAUGGCGACAGCCAGAAGAGAACGAGAGACACAAUGCAAGAUGGAGAAUCCAGAGUACUCAUUGCCAUGGAAAGGUCAAGUAGCAGCAUAUGGGGAGGCUGCACUGCUGCUUAUAGCAUUGGGAGAUUCUAAGUCAGAGACCAUUUCCGUAGAGCAUGCCACAUCGUUCUUGGUAGAUGAAAGGAUUCCUGACGAUCUCUGUCAAAGUAUCGAGCCGAUAAGUACCGCGACUACAUUCUACCUGGCAGCACAAAUCAAGUUGCUGGCAUCUUUUGGAUAA